AUGAACAUCGUUCUCUCCAGGUGAGCACAGGUGUGGGUGACGGGGGACACAGUGACGCACGCUGAGAAGUGCUUCAGCCAGUUCUACUCGCUGCUGGCCGCCUACACCCGCAAGACAGCCCGGCUGCGUGACACCGACCAACUGGUCAAGCAGCUCAUCGACUUCACCAACACAGAGAACCCGGAGAUGCGGGCCGCCCUGAGGAACUUCGCCGAGGACCUGGCCGAAGUGCAGGGUUACCGGCAGGCCGAGGGGAGCGAGCUGGAGACCGAGGUCGUCAAGUCCCUGAAGCUCUACGGGCAGAUGAAGCAGACCCAGGCUGAGAUCAAGGAAUUCAGCGUCCGGAACGAGGAGCUCAAACAACUGGAAAAGCUGGAGAGACUCAGGCAGAAGUCCCCUUCCCAGAGGUAGACCAUCGUGAGCGUCGCAAGUCUGUCUGGGGAAGGCAGGCUCGCACGCAGGCGGAGGGCCUUGGCGGAUGCCAGCCGCACCUCCCACCAGCCGGAGGAGAUGGUGGAUGCCUUCCAGGAGCAGAAGCUGCAGGGCCUCCAGAAAAUUUUUUCGGACUUUGUGACCAUUGAGAUGGUCUUCCACGCCAAAGCGGUGGAGGUGUAUUCCAGUGCCUUCCAGACCCUGGAGAGCUACGACCUGGAGAGAGAUCUGGAGGAUUUUAGAGCCAAGAUGCGUGGAGUUCAUGGGCGUUAUGACGCUCGGCUGCUCACGGACACCACCCUGCCCCCGGCCGUCCCGUGGUUUCUCGCCCAGAGCACCCGGAGCACCGUACGGAGCCAGAGAAAAGAAGCAGCCAGUGAGGACAAGUCUGCCGAGGAGGACCCCGUGGAGGACCUCAGGGGACAGGGGAAGGGGCUGCAUCGCCAGGACGAGAACUCCCCAGUCAGGAAAAGGGGGCUGAGGCUGGAUGCUCGGAGGCUCUGCCGUGUGCAAGUCCCGUGUCCUCUGAGUCCCGCCUUCCUCAUCUGUCUGGCAGGAAUCACAUCACUCAGCUCACAGGCUGCUCUGGGGAUCAGGGUGCCCAGAAGGACACCUGGUACCUAG